UUGGCCUUGUUUGCAUAUAUUGCCGGGUGCUAUUCUGCCAUAGUGAUGGUUCUGCUCCUUCCUCUGAUGGCUGGGUUCUGCUUCGAAAUGUUAAAGGUUUGGCCGCGUCGCAUACUUAAUCUACCUGUGGGCCAUCCACGACCGAUUGACGCAUUUCUGACGAUGGUCCGGGGAGGGGCAGGAUUCACGUGAUAGCGCGCUUAGCGUCGCACGGCCCUUCGUGAACCUUGGAAGACCUUAGUAGUGGACAUCUGAUGGAAGCUCGCGACUUCAACUACGAUAAUGUCGACUCCAGAGGCGAAACGACGCCGGCUCAAUGACGCAGCUAAGACGCUGCACAAGCCAUUCAAGUCACCAUUCCGCACGCCGUUGAAGCCACCGACAGCUGCAGACACACUUGCGCCCGCUCCCACGCCCACGCCUUCUUUGAAUCCCUCAGAAGCCCGGCCUUCUCAGCGCAUCCUCCCCACUCUCCAGAAGAAAACUUCCCCAAGACUCAUCCGCGAAGCUGUAUCACUCCGCUCCGACAUCCAGAUGCUCACUCAGGCCUACCGUCUUGCGACAUCGAGCGAAGACGCCGACUUGAACCUUCUAAUCGAUACAUGGCGUGCAGCAAGCCGCGCUGCUGCCGAGGAGCUGUUUGCCGGAACACGGGAUAGAGUGAAUCGGAUGGGUGGUGUUGGUGCGUGGAGGGAAAGGGAAAGGGAGCAGCGUGAGUGGCGGAAGCAGUGGGAUCGCGAGGGCAUGGACGCAGAGACGGCUGCCGGGCAGGGCCAGGAUGGGGAUCACGCCGAGUAUGAAGAGGAGGUUGAGCGGGACGGCGGUGGCGUUGGAGAGGGGGACUUGGGUGGCGCUGAUGAUGAUUCCUUCACCAUGGAUAUGAUGCUGAGGACGCUCAAUAUCGAUCUGAAGCUCAUUGGCUACGACAAGGAAGCUCAGAGAUGGGAUGAGUGAACCUGUCGUGUAGAAGUUAUGCGCUAGCGCCCUGACAUAUGUAAGAGCCCGAUACCUGUCGGGAGCGCAUCUGCUCUACAUAUUCUACCCAGAAAGUUGUGCAGCAUUACUCAUCCAGGCAUCUUCCCCUUACCGCAACCCCACACUCCACGAUAAGGACUGCACAUGGAUUUUAGCGCCUUCUGAGGAGUUAGGUCCGUCCAAUACCUGCAUUUCGCACAGGAGCGCAGUAUAUGCAAGAUCUACCAGUAACUUGAUGUUGCUACUAUUUCGCAUUGAGAGCAACAAAUGUAAUAGUGUAGAAGAACACAUCAAGUACCAUUGCU